UCCGCUGUCCCUCCCGCACUCACAUUGACACACACACACACCGACUCACAUACACCCACACGGAGCGGGACAUAGCGGAGCUGCGUGCCUGGAGAGGAGGACUGAUGACCGCAGACAGACGAUGGGACGUCACGUGUCUCUGAACAAACUGUGUUGACUGAAGGAAACUGAAGCGUCUCUGACCGCCGCCGGAGGAUAACCAAUCAGAAUCAGCGAAGGUUGCUGCAGGCUCAGAGGUCAGAGGUCAUCAUGCAGACUAUAAAGUGCGUGGUUGUGGGUGACGGUGCUGUGGGGAAGACCUGCCUCCUCAUCUCCUACACCACCGGAGCGUUUCCCAAAGAGUACAUCCCCACCGUGUUCGACAACUACAGCAGCCAGGUGACGGUGGACGGCAGGACCAUCAGUCUGAACCUGUGGGACACGGCGGGUCAGGAGGAGUACGACCGGCUGAGGACGCUGUCGUACCCUCAGACCAACGUCUUCAUCAUCUGCUUCUCCAUCUCAAGCCCCGCCUCUUACGAGAACGUCAAACACAAGUGGCAUCCAGAGGUGUACCAUCACUGUCCCGGCGUUCCUAUCAUGUUGGUCGGCACAAAGAGCGACCUCCGGAACGACGGGGAAACUCAGAGGAAACUGAAGGAGACGAACCAGACGCCCGUCACCCACCAGCAGGGCGCCGCCCUAGCACGCCAGAUCCAAGCCGUCCGCUACCUCGAGUGCUCUGCCCUCAACCAGGACGGCAUCAAGGACGUGUUCGCCGAGGCUGUGAGAGCCUUCCUCAACCCGCAGCCCGUCGCCACCAAGAAGCCCUGCGUACUGCUGUAGGACCAAACCGGAUCAAACCGGACCGAUCCAGGACCCGGCUGCUCCUGUGGUGUCACUUCCUGAGAGACUGAAUGAAAGUUUAUGCUUCAUGUGUUUUUAAUGUUUGGGUAGAGUUUUAUCUUUGAAGACGCCGAGUGUCUAGCGCUCUGUGGUCGUCAAACGGGGGGGGGGGGGUGUUCAGAACAUAAAGCUCGUUGAUGUUGUCUCAGCACAAUGAACCCGACGCAAAACCGAACGUCCACAGAUUUUAAAAAAAAAUAAACGAUGGUGAUGCUGAGCCGGGAUGCACACGAGCAUGAAGACGAGUAGUUUAGUUGAACCUGAUUGGGCGGGACACGUGUAUGUUUUCAUUAUUGGUUUAAAUUUGAUUGUGUAAAAGAUCUCAGAGCUAACCCCGCCCACUUCACAGCCAACGUACGGAAAUGUUGAAAUCUGACAAAUGUUAAGAAGGAAACUUUAUGAUGAACUUCAUCAUCAUAAAACAGUCUUUCUGAGGACUCGUGUUUCCAGGGUCUUUAAAAUGCUCAUUUUCUGAACACAUCUUCACGCUGCCUUGAAGUAAUAAUUAAAAUCUAAUUUAACAUCCUCAA